ACGAAUAAAAACAACUUUUGUUGCAAACUCAGGAGAGUUGGUGUUGGUCAAUGCUGGAUUAAAUAUUUCAUUGAUGCUAAAGACCAAGUUGAAUGUGGCAGCUGCUGCAGAAUCUACUGAUGGAGGGUUUGUAGAUGUACUCGGUGUCGAAGUGUUUGUUGAAGAGGUGUUUGUAGACGUGUUUGGUGUUGAAGUGUUUGUUGAAGAGGUGUUUGUAGACGUGUUCGGUGUUGAUGUGUUCGUUGAAGAGGUGUUUGUGGACAUGUUCGGGGUCGAUGUGUUUGUUGAAGAGGUGUUUGUAGACGUGUUUGGUGUUGAAGAGGUGUUUGUAGACGUGUUUGGUUUUGAAGUGUUUGUUGAAGAGGUGUUUGUAGACGUGUUCGGUGUCGAAGUGUUUGUAGAAGAGCUGUUUGUAGACGUGUUCGGUGUCGAAGUGUUUGUUGAAGAGGUGUUUGUAGACGUGUUGGGUGUCGAAGUGUUUGUAGAAGAGCCGUUUGUAGACGUGUUGGGGUUUGACGUAUUUGUUGAAGAGGUGUUUGUAGACGUGUUCGGUGUCGAAGUGUUUGUCGAAGAGGUGUUUGUAGACGUGUUUGGUGUUGACGUGUUUGUCGAAGAGGCGUUUGUAGACAUGUUUGGGUUUGACGUAUUUGUUGAAGAGGUGUUUGUAGACGUGUUUGGUACCGAAAUGUUUGUAGAAGAGCCGUUUGUAGACGUGUUCGGAGUCGACGUGUUUGUUGAAGAGGCGUUUGUAGACGUGUUCGGGUUUGACGUAUUUGUUGAAGAGGUGUUUGUAGAUGUGUUUGGUGUCGAAGUGUUUGUUGAAGAGGUGUUUGUAGACGUGUUCGGUGUCGAAGUGUUUGUUGAAGAGGCGUUUGUAGACGUGUUCGGUGUCGAAAUGUUUGUAGAAGAGGCGUUUGUAGACGUGUUCGGUGUCGAAGUGUUUGUUGAAGAGGUGUUUGUAGACGUGUUCGGUGUCAAAAUGUUUGUAGAAGAGCCGUUUGUAGACGUGUUCGGUGUCGAAGUGUUUGUUGAAGAGGUGUUUGUAGACGUGUUCGGUGUCAAAAUGUUUGUAGAAGAGCCGUUUGUAGGCGUGUUCGGUGUCGAAGUGUUUGUUGAAGAGGUGUUUGUAGAUGUACUCGGGGUUGAAGACGAGUUUGUAGAAGUUGUAUUUGUUGAAGUAGUAUUUGCUGAAGUAGUAUUCAAGGAAGUCUGAUUAUUUAUAGUGUCUGCCAUUGCACU